CUAUCUCUAUCUCAUCAUCUCUUUGUCUCUUGUUCUCUGUCGUCUUCCCCUCUUCAUCGGUGAGAAUGACCGAUCUUGUUUGAGUUCUGCUACUCUAUGUUCCAAGCCUUCAUCGAUCCUACAAUGGUCGCUACCAUUCACAUCGGUCACCGAUAUGAUCUUCAUCUCAGAUCUGGCAGUUCUCUGCUACUUUUACAGUUGACGGACGCCAGAUCGAUUUCAGAUCAAUCGUGAUUCCUUGGAUGUUUUCCUUUCCCCUACCGGUUGUCUAUCUCACUGCUUUGACGGACGCCAAACUAUCAACCGUGUCAGUACGGUUGCUUCGUUAUUCUCGUCGAUCCUCCUCAAGUCAAAUUCUUCGCCCUAAUCUCGCACGAGGACGAGCUCCCGGUCUUCAGGGCCAACGAUUGGAUCGUCUACGAGAGAGAGUUGACGAACGCCUCGGGACAAAAAUUCAAAGCCAACGUUCUUGUUCGUUUUCUGAGAGAUGGAAAUGGGAAACCGACGACGCCGGAUGCGAGUCACCCAGAGCAUCUCGAAUGGGAAUAUCACGAUUUGACCGGCCAGCUCAACCCGACUGGUCUGGGAAACGUGGGAUCAUGGGCCAAUCUGCAGAAUUUGCAGCCAACCUGGAGACCACUGGGACUAGCAGCAGGACCGUCUAACGUGGAGGCUCUGAUCCUGCGAGACGUCUUGCACCUGCCGGGAACGAACGUCAACAAGAGUUGGCAGCGCUUUUCUCUGCUCCGUUUCUCAGCCGGCCCUGUCCGCACUCUGGCCCCUGUCCGCACUCUCACGGAGUGUCGGAAGAGAUGGACCGACGAGGUCCUGCGGCUCAAGAGGCUACAUGCAGAGGAGAGGCAGUUCCGCAAUCUGGCUACGCAAGCUGGCUUCUGAGGCGAGGAUUUUGGGCUUGUGAGUUGCUUGAUGCGCUCAUCUCCACUGGGAACGAGGCACAAGUCAACGAGGAUGGGGAGGCGUUUUUCCUGUCUUGUUGCUAGCAAGCAAAUAGCUACAAUACCAAACGCUUCUCCCUGUA